AAGAGCCACACCGCUGUUCUUUGGGGCGAAGCAACUAUAUUUGAGGUGUAUUUCUGUCAAGAGCAUUUAUAUUCCUGUAACGGGCCUGGACUGUGAUUCUCAGAAGCACUCUCUUAUUACGGGACUGAAGUCAAAAAUCACUGGAAAGAAAUGGCAGAAUCAGCAGCAAAUUGGUUUGUGGAUCAGUUCAGGUGUCCAGUCUGUUUGGAUGGACUGAAGGAGCCGGUGACGAUUCCCUGUGGACACAGUUACUGUAUGAGCUGCAUUACUGACUGCUGGGGCCAGAAGGAGCAGGGGCCGCCGUACUAUUGUCCCCAAUGCAGAGAGAGCUUCAGUCAGAGACCUCUACUGAAGAAGAACACUCUGAUAGCGGAGAUGAUGGAGACGCUGCAGAAGACGUCUCUACAAACGGCUGCUGUGGAGUGUGAUGUUUGCACUACAGAGAAGAGCAGAGCUGUUAAGUCCUGUCUGCAGUGCUUGGCCUCCUUCUGUCAAACUCACCUGCAGCCUCACUAUCAAUCUCCUGCGUUUAUGAAGCACAAACUAGUCGAAGCCUCUAGAAACAUUCAGGAGAACAUCUGCCUCAGUCAUGGGAAACUUCUGGAGAUCUACUGUCAGGACGACCAUCAGUCAAUUUGUUGUUUGUGUACUGAUGAUCAUAAAGGACACAGUCUGGUGUCUCUGGAUUCAAAUUGGACUAGGAAAAAGGAAGAGUUAAACGAGACAAAGGUGUCGUGUCAAAAGCUCAUCCAGGAGCGAGAGAGAGGUCAGCGGGAACUCAGUGAAUCUCUGAAGCUUCUCACAAGUUCAGUGCUAGAGACCAUGGAGGACUUUGAGAAGGUCUUCACUGAACUCAUCUGCUCUCUUGAGAAGAAACGCUCUGAGAUUAAAGAGCAGAUCAGAGCUCAGGAGAAGACUGAGAUAGAUCGAGCAGAGGAACUUCACAGACAUCUGGAUCAAGAGCUGACAGAACUCAGAAAAAGACAAGCUGAGAUUGAAAAACUUCUGAUUACUGAGGAUCAGGUCAAUUUUCUGAAGAGCUGUCAGUCCGUGUGUCCUUUGCCAUCAUUUGAAAACGUUCCCAUGACUCAACACACACUUUUUAAAGACAUUUCAAGCUCAAUGUUUAAGGAGGUUUUGGAGGACGUCUUUCAACAACAAACAGCCAGAAUAUCCAGAGAAGUGUCGAAUGUCUAUGUUACAAACCCUCCAGAACCAAAGACCAAAAAUGAUUUUUUGCAGUAUAUCUGUGAUAUUAACUUGGAUCUAAACACUGCACACAAUAGCCUAAAACUAUCAGAUGACAACAGGAAAAUAUUAUCUUCAGAUACAGCUCAGCAAUAUCCUGAUCAACCGGAGCGGUUUAAUGAGCGUCCCUAUAUCUUGUCUAGAGACGGUUUGUCCGGUCGUUUCUACUGGGAGGUGGAGUGCAGUGGGGAUGAAUGGGCUGUAGGAGCUUGUUACAGUGGAAUAAGACGUAAAGGAAGCACUGAUGACUGUGCACUGGGCUUCAACAAAAUGUCAUGGAGACUGGGUUAUUAUCUGAAGAUUUUCAGUUUCAUUCAUGCUCAAAAGAAAAUCCUAAUCCCUGUGUCCUCUAGAGUAGGAGUGUAUCUGGAUCAUAAAGCAGGAUCUCUGUCCUUCUACAGAGUAUCUGACACAAUGACUCUCCUUCACAGAGUCCAGACCACUUUCACUGAACCCUUAUACCCUGCGUUUAAGGUUGGAAACCGUUCAUCUGUCAGGAUCAUAGAGCUGAAAAAAGACCAAGUAUCCACCUUAUUUUGCAGCGCGAACGAAAGUCUUUAUGAACGUGUCAGAAUUCCUCUUUAUUCAACUAAAUUGGAAAUUGAAACUAACGGAAGUGACGUGACAUACAGUCAAGUACAGUGAUCCAUACUCUCGUGCUCUGCAUUUAACCCCAUCAAAGUGUGCGCAGACACACAAACACAC